AUGGACUCGGCGGACGCGACGUCGCCGCGCCAAGUGGAGCUGCAGCUGCCGAGCGAUGAGGACUCCGUGACCAAGUACGCGUGCAAGAAGUGCCGCUGCGUGCUGUUCACGAGCGAGCAGCUGACACCGCACGAGCCGGAGCGCCACCAGAUCUCGGCACGCCGGCGGCUCAAGGACCUCAAGCACCAGGUGGGCGGCCACGUCGACUGCUCCUCGUUCUUCCUGGAGGAGACGCUGCCCUGGAUGGACGAGGCGCUGCUGGCCGAGGGCAAGAUCCACUGCCCCACGGCCAAGUGCCAGUCGCGCCUUGGGGCGCUGCAGUGGUCGGGCUCGCAGUGCUCGUGCGGCACGUGGGUCACGCCCAGCAUCAAGAUCACCCAGAGUAGGGUAGACGCGGUCAUUAAGCAGAGCAAUCUGAACAUCGUCACGGGCGUCGUGCUGCCGAACGCCUCGCAGACCUACGCGGCGCAGACGGCGCCCUCCAGCUCGGAGAAUUGA